AUGACCGACUUCAGCAGGACCAGCGAUUACAACGACACCAGCGAUUACAACGGCACCAUAUAUGAUUACAACUACAGCCCGACCUUCUGCAGUCCAGAAAACUCUUUGCUCAAUCACAGUGCCAUUCCUGCCAUGUUGUACACCGUUUUUGCUGUAGGUUUGGUAGGCAAUGCCACCGUUUUGUGGGUCCUCAUUAGGCUCCUUCGGUUGAAGAACAUGACCGAUGUCUGUUUGCUGAACUUGGCGCUCUCCGACCUGCUCAUGGUACUGUCCUUGCCUUUGUGGGCGCUGAACUUCCAGGAUUUCUAUUUUGACUCUGAUAUUGCCUGCAAGGCCAAAUCUGGGAUGUACCAGGUCAGCUUCUACAGCGGGAUCCUCUUUGUGACUGUGAUGAGCGUCGACCGUUACCUGGCCAUUGUCCACGCCGUUGCUGCCAUGCGAGCUCGGACGCGCCGGUACGGUGUCAUGGCGAGCGUGGUCAUCUGGAUGGUGUCCAUCUGUGCUGCUCUCCCUGAAAUUUUAUUCGCCAGAGUGAUCGCAAACGACGAUACACGGUCCUGUGAAAGGGAUUAUCCUCCAGAAUCACACAAAACGUGGAAAAAAUUCCGUAACAUCAGUGAGAAUAUGGUUGGACUUUUCAUCUCCCUGCCUGUAAUGAUAUACUGCUACGUGAGGAUCCUUCUGGUACUGUGCAGGGCCAAGAACUCGAAAAGGAGCCGAGCGAUGAAACUGGUGUGUGGCAUCGUGGGAGCUUUCAUAGUAUUUUGGGUGCCCUACAAUGUGAUGGUGUUUCUGGAAACCUUGCCCUUGUUCCACAUUGAAAAUGGUUUUAAGCCAGUAGAUGAGUGUGAGACUCCUGAUCCAUUCAUGAUGGCUUUCGAUUUGACAGAAAUCAUUUCUCUGACCCACUGCUGCGUGAAUCCAGUGAUCUAUGCUUUUGCUGGAGAGAAGUUUCGGAAGUCUUUGGUCAGUGCAUUCUCCAGAUAUCCACUCUUUUCAAAAAUAUCCGGAGUUACGAGUCAUUCUAAAGUUUCAGAAAAUGAAACUUCCAACACAGCUGUGUGA